GCCACAAUGAAAACAGAGGUGCCGUUGCAAAGACUGAACAUCACCUCAUCAACUGGGACCUCCACUUCCACCCCGCCCAGCCCCAGACCCAAGGUGGUGGGGCCUGGCAGCAUGAAGGUCAAGGUGCGCCUCUCCGCCACCCGCAAGUUCGUGGUGUCGCUGGGGGAGGACACGCUCGGGGCACUCAAGGAACACAUCAGGCAGUUCGUGCGGGACACCUACCAUGAGGACGUGAGGGAGCCGCUGGCCCUGAGCCUCAAUGGGAAAGAUGCGCUGGCUGGGGGGGACGAUACCCUGCUGGCCUCCCUUGGAGUGGUGCAGGGGGACCUGCUGAGUGUCAUGCAGUCUGAUUCAGGGCCACAGGAGGCUCCCCCCUCAGCCAGGCCCCAGCAUGCAGCCGCAGCUGCAGCCCCCAAGGAGGUGCCCAAGGAGUCCCCCAAGUCUGAGGGUGAGCAGAAGCCCCCCAUUCCUGCCACAGCCAGCCAGCCCCCAGCACAGGCAGAGGGGGGCAGGGCAGCGGGGAGCAGUGGUGGCGAGGGCAGUGCCUGGCGAAGGGAGCUGCUGGUGGAAGCCGUGGAUGGGUGCGCCCCCCCAGCUCUGGAGCAGCUGCUGGGCCAGUGUGGGCCAGCCAGGCUGAGCAGUGCCCUCAACCUGGUGCUGCACCUCACCAUGCUGGAGUGCGGCUUCCAGCUGGACGGGGUGCCGCACCCUCCCCCGGGCUGGGCCGAGACAGUGGUCGUCUUCCCUUACCUCAGCGCCGCCCACCCUGACUUCCGCUGCAAACUGGUGCUGAUGGAUGUGGGCCACGAGAAGCAGGUGAUGGCCAGCUUCCCGGAGCAGGCCGGGGAGGUGAAGCACAGCCUGGUGAUGGAAGACCACCUCAAAGGGUCGACCAGCGGCCAAGUGGCGGCCAAGGACCUGGUGGGGGUGGCCCAGCUGUCCCGGCGACUACGCGAUGCCGUGCUGCUGCCACUACAGGUGGCGGCCCAUCAGGCCCUGGGGGUGCCUGCCCCCUGGCAUUUGGCCGGCCUGCCCCAGGAACUGGUGCUGGCAGUGGCCAUGCGACUGGACUACCGCAGCGUGAUAGCCCUGGCCAACACCUGCCGCCGCCUCAAGACGGUGCUAGCCGACAACAGGCUGUGGCACGACCUGUUCAAGCGGGACUUCGGUCAUGAGGCGGGUAGUGCCGGCGAGGCGGAGUGGCGGGACAGGUACAGGGAGGCUGUGCAGCGCCAGAAGGAACGGGAGAAGCUGCUGAAGGAAGGCACCUUUGUGAUCCCUGGCAUGUACCCCACGGGGCCGUACCUGCCCCCACACCGCCCCGGCCACCCCAACCCCUUCGUGCCCCACCCCUGGGGCCCUGGGCCCUUCCCCCCACAGCCCAACCCCAACCCCUUCAUGGAUCCCGACAGUCCCUACUUCCCGGGGGAGAUCCCCCCAGUGCCGGGGGUGUACCCUGACGUUCCUGACCCCUUGGGACCGCUGGGACCCAUCAGGCCGGGCCACCCUCAUCAGCCCCCCUUCAUGCCUCCUGGCAGGCCCAGGAACCCCAGGGGGCCAAGGUUUGACUUUUUCCUAUGAGUGGCCAGCGGAACGUGUGGCGGCGGUGGCCUGCCAGUGGAGCGGCGCGUGGUCGGUAGCGUCACGCUGCCCUCGUGGGGGGGUGCAGAGAGGCCCUUAAGUUCCUGGCAGGCUGGGAAGAAAGUUGGGUGAAGCACAGCGGGUGUAGCCAACAGGUGUGUCAGCGGCUGUGAUGGAUGGCAGACUGGACCGAGACGUUCCAUUGCUUGCAAAUCAACGAAUCACCACUAAAUUGGCGUGGGCAAGUGCCUUCCCCCAGAGCCUCACACACACACACACACACACGCGCACACACAUGCACACACAUUUUCUCUCUCUCUCUCUCUCUCUCUCUCUCUCUCUCUCUCUCUCUCUCUCUCUCUCUCUCUCUCUCUCUCUCUCUCUCUCUCUCUCUCUCUCUCUCUCUCUCUCUCUCUCUCUCUCUCUCUCUCUCUCUGUCUCUCUCUCUCUCUCUCUCUCUCUCUCUCUCUCUCUCUCUCUCUCUCUCCCCAACCCAGAGGUGUGUGUGAGGCCUGAGGGUCACCUUACUGAAGCUACGUCACCUUGCCCACCUCUCCUGUGACACACGAAGCACCACUGAAACCCUAAGCUAAGAGGCAUCACUGCACAAAAGUUGCAUGUAGCAUGUCAAGGCAGGGAAGGAGGCAAAAACACAACUACAACCCGAGAGAUAAAGACGGAGGAAAUAGAAAAGGGGAAUAAACCAAAUAAUAGAGGAAGUAGAAUUCAAGGAGGUAGUAACUAGUUUAGAACAACAAAGAGAGGAAGUUGAAGUCAAGUAAUUAAAUAUGUACCCUAAUAGAUAAAAUAGGAUAUGGAAGGUGCAUGUAGGAGUGGAGAAAGAUAAAAGGAUAAGCAACCAGCGAGUCGGAUAAAAAAAUGUUGAAGGAAAGUGAGACGACCCAAAUAAAGGAGUGGAAUGAGAGAACAGAAGGUAAAAAAUAAAUGUAAAUGAAUGGAAAGAGAGACGGAGAAAAGGGAGAAGAAAAACCAACGAGUCAGGUCAAAGAAAAUGUAGGAGAGUGGAAUAAGUGAUAAAGUGAAGAAAAUAUAAGAGAUGAAAGAAGAAAGGAAGGAGGAAGAAAGAAAAAGGAGAAUGAUGACCAACAAAUCAGAUCAAAGAAAAUGUUGAGGAAUGAGAAUGAGAAGGAAUGAGAAGAUGCAAGGAUGAUGAGUGGAAUGAAUCAACAAAGUGAAGAAAGGAAGAAAAGGAAGCAAAUUAGAUUGAAGAUGUGAAGGAAAGUGAGCAAAAUAAAUGAAGAUGAAAUAGAGAAAGAAGAAAGAAAAUGUAAAGGAAAGUGAGAAGAUGCAAGGAAGAUGAGUGGAAUGAAUCAACAAAGUGAAGAAAGGAAGAAAAGGAAGCAAAUUAUAUUAAAGAAGAUGUGAAGGAAAGUGAGCGAAAUAAAUGAAGAAGAAAUAGAGAAAGAAGGAAAAAAAGACGAAGAAAGAAAGACAUGUACUAAUUCUUCAACAAUGAGAUAAGGGAAGGAAGGGAAGGAACAAGGGAUGUGGAGGGAAGAGAUGCAACUGUAGACACCACUGAGUUUAUUGCCUUCCAUCUUAGUCAAUCCAUGCACUUGUAAUCACUCCUCCCGACGCUUAUCCCGAGUGACAGUUUCAGUAAUCCCCGCUGUUAAAUGGCAAUGAUCUGUGAUGGUGUGGUAAUCUAUCCCUCACUUCAUUUGCUAAUACAUUAACAUCAAUUACUAGCUUCAGAUCUUUGUCGAUUAAUGCUGACGAACUGUGAUGGUGGUAGUUUCUCCUUUUCUCGUUAGCUAACACAUGCUCAUGUACCUACCAAAGCCUUGCAGUAUUCAGGACAUUACUGUAAAUUCCACAAGGGUGACAUGGGUGUUCGGUGCACCUCUUGGCUCACAAAUUGGCUUUGAAAGUUGAGGGAGUUAUGUGAGGGUAAUGAGACUAAUAUGAAUAGUUUAAACAAUUUAUGGAUGUAUUAUAUAUUUACACUUGUAUUGAUGCAGUUCCUUAGUUGCAUAACGCGCACACACACACACACAUACCUGAAGCUCCCUUGUGCAUUGGUUAGCACACUUGGCACAUAACCAAGUUUCUGGGUUCAAUUCCCAGGUAGAGUGGAGACAGAUGGACAACCUCCAUACACCUGUGCCCCUGUCCACCCAGUAGUGAAUGGGUGCCAGGUGUCAGUUGGGGGUUGUGUCCUGCCUCCCGGGAUGGUGGAUUGGCACCACUAAAAACAAGUAACCCAGUAGUGAAAAACCCAAGGCAUUCAGACCUGGGACUUAGGAGCUUGACUCUUGCAAAAUAUAAACAACUGAACACACACACACACACACACACACACACACACACACACACACACACCUUGUACCAUAGAAAAAAUAUACUCUAGGUGACACACACAUCCCCUAGUCACCAUAUCGAAACUGGCUACUGUCUGUCUCCUCGUCCAUUGGAGGUCCCGUCACAAGCCCCAGUCCCUUGGUGUCACACUGGCUGCUGGUCAUUUACUGUAAUUCUUAAGCUUGUCCUGCGAUGGAGACGUCAGCCAGUCAGACAUUGCUGCCCUGUCAGUGAAUUAGGAUGUGUCUGCCAGUUCAGGUAAAUCGUUUCAAUUCGACACCUCUCCAUCCAAAUUUGACCCUCUCUUUUUGGCCUCUCAUUCUAUAUUAUUUACAGGAGCAGCAGUUAGCAGGCUGUUUUGUGUUGACUUAUUGCUUUUGCUCUGCUUCCUCUGUUGAAAAGAAGAAAAAAAAAGUUCAUAUUGAGAAAAACUAUUGAAAAUUGUCCUCAUAAAACAGAACCCUAGUCAAAAUCUAAACAUAUCACCAUUAGCUCUGAUAACAGCUAUUUUUCUUUUUUCUUUUGACCUGUAUUGCUUCGUAGGUCCUCCUCCCCCUGGCCCUCUCUUCUGCUUGUUCACACACACUGCUUGUCAAUGGCAUUAUAUUAUUUAUCCUCACUAUAAUUUUCAGUUUUUAUGCUUGAAUCACUUAUUUACAUUCCUUUUCCCUGGACUUAUUCAAACAUCCGUGCCUUUUUUUCCAAGCACUGCAUUAUGGUUUGAUUCAACAGUAUUCCUGACCUAAUCUGAGUACUAAUAGGAGAGCUGGACACGAGCUGGCAGACACACACUAACAAGAGGCCGGGGCUUCCAUAGGCGCCUCGGAUGGUUGGUUGACACGACCUUUAGUGUGUGGCCUUGUGUGCGCAUUGCCUACACAUGUGCGCGCUCGAUUCCUGUAUGUAUGUAGGCUAGUGAUGGCCAGUCAGUGCAUCCUAUACCAAGCCUUAUGUACGCAAGGUUUUUACGGCACCAAUAAAGAAAUAGAUUGA